AUAAAACAAACUUUCCAGACUCUUUUUAUAAAUGCUUAAUUAGAACGUGACAAUAUUAGGCAUUAAUACUCAAACCCAAUUUAAAUGUAAAUAUUUAUUUGUUCACAUAUGAAUAUUAAACUAUUUUUUAUUGCUGACCAUAAUUCUCAUCAAACACAACGUACCUAUUAAACAUUUAUUUAAGUGUUGUCUUUUCAAAUACUAAAUAAAUGGCAAAUUGACGGAGUUUUACAAAAUCUUAAAGCAAACUCAAACUUUUUGAGAUAAUAUAGUGUUGACUGUGCAAAUAAUAAAAUAAAUGAGCAUUGCCAUUCUGUUAUAAUGUGUUGGCAUUAGAAAUUCGAUUAAAUAAAACCUAAUUCAAAAGGUUAUAAAGGCUACUUUUUAUUGAAUCUCUUAUGCUGUCACAGUGCACUGUUCGACAUUGCGCUCGGCGCUGUAACUUUGCCGAUUCCACUAGUCUUGUGUAGUUCGCGAACGACCUAGUUCGGAAGAGCGAUCUUAUGGACGAACUGCGAGAACUAUUUCGCAGACCCGUCGCUCCUUAGUUCGUUCGUUCGACGGCGCUCGGUGCGGCGCUACUGUAUUGUUCACCGUUGAGCGGCGCGUGGCGGUUUGGUGGCGAUACUCGUAUUAUAAUUUAUUGUUAACAGGUAAAUAUAUUUCAUAAAUGUUUCUUUGGCUUGUAUAUUUAUUUAAUUUUUUGGAUAAGUGCAAUUCAAUUAAAUAUAGGGUAAUUGUGUUUUGUUUUAGAUUAUAACCUAACCUAGUCUUUCCUACAAAGAUGUCAAGAAAAAGAAAACAUAGUUCUUUGUGGACACAUUUCACGGAGGAAAACGAUAACAAGAAAGCAAAAUGCAAGCACUGUUCGACAUUAAUAAGUAUUGCAGGAGGCUCAAAUGGAAACUUAACUCGGCACAUGAAAACAAAACACGCUUUGAUUUCAUUAAAAGUUGAACGACAACCAAAAAUUAUAUCAGUUUUAAAUUCAGUUCAAUCUAACCAAUCCACAUCUGAUUCGGGUAACAAUAUUUCGUUUUCUUCCAACGUAGCAGAAUCCCAACAAACAAUGAAUGAAUACAUUCGUAGACCACCAGCUAUCCGAAAGGUUGAACAAAUAGACAAACAAGUUGUCAAGAUGGUUACCAAAGGACAUCACGCUUUACGAAUAGUAGAAGAAACAGAGAUGCAAAAACUCAUCGAAUUAGUUUCUCAUUGCCCAGGCUACCAACUCCCAUCAAGAAAAACUUUACCAGAAAAUUUAAAAUCGAGGAUACAUGAAGAAAUAAAAGCCGAUGUAUCAAAUAAAGUGCAAGCUUAAAGAGAAUGUCUAAAUUUAUUAUAGAGAAUAUCGACUGAUAAGCGGACGAACGAUGUCACUGUAGGAAGAGGAAUUGUUAUUUCUUUUUAUUUUUUUGUACCUGACUUUAGGUAAAGUAUUACGUAGUAAUAACGGUUUAAUUUUGUUUUUUAAUUUUUAAUUUAGUGUUAAUUAAUUCUUUUAACAAAGUAUUACAACCUAUAUCACGUAAUGUUAAGAUAAAACCUGUUAAAGACUGUUAAAAGACUGAUAUUUUUUAUGAGAUAGAGAUUACUAAUUCUAGAGAUUAAAAGAUGAUAAUUUACAAACUGGUAUUGUCAUUAAUUUUACCUAAAUAAAUUGUUGAUCAACGCAAGCGAACCAGACAACAAAUAGUAGGUCUUUCGAGACUUGAAGUAGUAAACUAACGAACUAAAAGAUCGAACUAGUUCGUUAAAGAGCUGCGAACUAAAAUAACCGCUCCCGAUCGCGACCUAUAAUGCGCAAGACUAGAUUCCACAUCAAUUCAAAUGUGAUCAAACUUCAUUGAAGUCAAUAAUAUCUUUGUUGAUAUAAUAAAAACGUAUAAUAAAGACACUGAUAUAAAAUUUUGAAAAUUAUAAAAUAAAGAUUAUCUUACAUUAUCAAAUAAAAAGAAAUUCAGCAUACUUCUUUUAAGUGUAAAC